AUGGGCUUGGGUUUGAAACAGCUUCUCUAUGUAUUCGAUAUGGAAGGCGAAAGCGGUCACUACUGUAUGCACGUUGACACAGUUGUUCUUCUGGGACCUGAUGGGUUCGCCCAAACAAUUAUUCAUACCCCAUUCCAUUCUGUCAUACAAUACCGCCUUGACCACUACGGUAAUUACUCAGGUGAGAUCAAGCUCUAG